ACUUGACACCAAAACACUCCAGCUCAACCAUCAGAAGAAGCUUGCAGUGACGUCAUCCCUGGGUUUAUGGCUGAGCUGCAAAGUAAACAGGCUCAGUGUUUUUCUUUUUGCUUUUGUUUAGUUUGGCAGUUUGGACGUUUGGCGUUAAAUGGCGACUAAAAGGUUACCAUGAAACUCCGCCUGCAGAAUGACAGAAGAGCUGUGAAAGUGAGGGAGUCUCCUACUGUCAUGCAGCCUAAUUCCAGCCAGGAAGCCACUCAUGCGAGAAACGGUUUAUCCCUUAUUCUGCAAGCAGAGCUUCCCACCAGGACUACGCCCUCCGGUGCGGUGGCCGCUGCCCACCCUGACAGCAGUGAGGUGCGCGUAUCCAUGAGCGGCGGCGUACUGGCCGAUUCUGGCGGAGGAGCCUCUGCCAGGAGAUCCAGAGUCAACUCCCACAGCCACUCUCAUUCUCACGGCCACGCUCGGGGGCAGCGACACCCUGCUUCCGAGCCUGACUCGACUGACAAUGGUGACCCGGACUCCGGAGAGCCCAGUACCUCGUUGUCGGAGCUACGCUGCCUGUUUCGCUGGCUCCAAAAGAGUCUUCCUUUUCUUGUCAUAUUGAGCGCUAAACUGAUCAUCCAGCACGCACUAGGACUUGCAGUUGGUGUUGGCCUCUUCACAACUUUUCUCUACGUGAAUAAAAGCAUCCAAACGCAAGUGUUUCUUCAGAAUCGACACGCAAAGCUGCAUUGUGUAUGGCUGCUGCUGCUUCUGCUCUCCUCCACGCUCCUGCUUUACUACACUUUUCUCCCGCAGACACUUUACAACUGCCUUUUGUUUCUCAGUCCGACUAUUGAGCCUCUGGGAUUCUGGGAGAUCUUGUGGGCAGUUGGCAUCACCAACUUCAUCAUCAAAUUCCUCUGUAUGGGGAUCAAGUGCCUUCUCUUGUUGCUGCCCGCUCCCCUCGUCAAUUACAGAGUACAGGGACACUGGCUGCUGCUGAGCGAGGAAUUGGCUCAGGUUUACCAGGCCGUAGCCCCCGUGCCGCUCUGGUUCCGCUACCUUGUCACCUACCAGGAGGCUGAUGGUACCCCGGCACUCACUGUGGGGGUUUUGCUGGCUCUGCUCUACCUCAUACUGAAGCUUUUAGGACUCUAUGGACAGUGGACGUGUUUCUUGAAAAGUGUGAGGAUCUUUCUAAAGAGCGAGCAUACAGGGACAGCAGCCACGAGGAGCCAGUGCAUGGAGGCCGGAGACGUGUGUCCCAUCUGUCAGAGAGAGUACAGGGAGCCUCAAGCACUCAUCUGUCAGCACAUAUUCUGUGACGAAUGCAUCGCUCUGUGGUUCAACCGGGAGAAGAGCUGCCCCCUCUGCCGCACCGUCAUCACCGAGAAGGUGUACAAGUGGAGAGAUGGAGCCACAUCGCCGCACCUGCAGAUUUACUGAUCGCACACACGUUUAGGAGCUUGAAAGAAUGUGACGUUGUUUGAUUGUCCAAUUUGUUCAACACUGUUGAUUUCUUUUCCUGGGGCCCCUCGUUGUCGUCGAAGGCCCUGUAAAGUGGAAUUACUAUCUUGUAAAAUAUGAGUGAUCGAAUUAGACUUCAAAAUCAUGAACCAUCAA